UGGCGAGCAAGUGGUACUAGCGGAACCGCCGGGGUUCCAUAUGGUCGCGUUUCCUCUUUGUAUUAUGUGAGGUGGAUUGCCGCGCGUUCGGGAACAGGUACCCGAAGAUGGGCUCCAAAAUCGAGUACGUGGAUUCUUCGCAAAUAUACGCCACCAGCUAUGUGAGAAACUCCAAGGCCGUCGGGGUAUUGUGGGCGAUAUUUACCAUUUGCUACGCUAUUAUAGGGAUCGUUGCGUUUAUCAGUACCGAAUGGAUUGGCACAAUCAGCGGGGACAAUCCCGGGAAAAUAGGCCUGUGGGGCGUUUGCUCGCUGGAGGAGAACGCGGAGCCGUGCAGGGAGAAUUUCUGGGAGCACUUCCUGGACAUCGCCAACGCCUUCCAGGCGGCGACGGCGUUCGUCGGCCUGGCGGCGGCGACGGCGGUUUUGACCGUCCUGGCCAUGAUGAUGUUCUGCUUCUGCCACUCGACCACCGUCUACCACAUUUCGGCUUGGCUCCAGCUAAUCUCAGCUGCUUGCAUGAUAGCCGGGUGCGCAGUUUUCCCUGCCGGUUGGGAUUCUGAUGGUACUAGAAAAAUCUGCGGAGCAUCAGCCAAUAAAUACGCUUUAGGCGAAUGCCAGAUCAGAUGGACUUACAUUUUGGCCGCCAUCGGAUGCUUGGACGCCGUAAUUUUGUCCACGUUGGCCUUCCUGCUGGCCCUCAGGCACAUCAAGCUGCAACCGGAUCCGCAUUAUUCCACCAGUCCUAGUCUAUUCAAAGGCGAAAUGAACGGAGCCUUCAUGGGCGAUUCGGCGAGCGUCGCCGGCUCCAGGAAGUCGCUGAGCAUCCACCAUCCGGUCCUGCUGGUGCAUCCCGGCCAGGACGACACCUAUUCUCAGUUUUCGCAGAGAACUGUGCCCAGAUCGGUGCAUUCCGGCCACUAUUCGCAUCCGAAUACGUUGCACAGAAACAUCUAAAUGUCCGUUUUGUAUCAUUUUUAUACCCUUUGUUUUACACGCCUUUAGUUAACCGAAAAAGUAAAUUUUUAUUUUAUCAGUUAA